AUGAGGGAGUCAACAACAGGGAGUGCCACGGGUGGAGAGGAACCCGAGCAGCAACCACCAGUGUCACCUCCACGAAGGAGACAAACCGGGGUCACGAUCAAGGAACCUGUUGGCACUCCUCCAGCAGAGAGGUCCUCUGCCCCCUUGGGGAAGGGGAAAAAGAAGGCCACCGAGCCUGUCGAACACUUGGACAAGUCUUCAGACGAGAAUGACAUGGACUCCAAGAACGUGUUCAACAUUUACAGCGCCCCUGAAGCUCCUGCGGCUCCCCCGAGCAGAAAGAAAACAAGCAAGAGGCAUCCUGGGGAAAGCAGCAAAGCACCUCAGGCUAAGAAGCCUCGCAAUGCAGGCCUCCCAGAGGAUGGGCCCUCAGCCAAUGAAACUCCACCUUCUCCUCACGAGCAGCAGACUCCCCCUGCUCCAGCCGGGUCGACUCCAUCUCCAGCGGCCCCAACUGACCAGACUCAGCAGGCCGGUCCUGCUUUGACUGGGGGAGACACAACUGGUCGCACCUUCAGAUCGGUCAAGGACAAGGUCGCGAAGAUUGCAAUGUUGACCCUUACCGCCAGCCGUUUCCGCUUGGGUACUAUCACCGAGCAGUCUAGAUUCUUGGAGCAACAGCAUGCUGAUGAACUCAAAGUUGCCGAACAGCUUGCAGCGGUGCUCGAUGAGAAGAAUAAACUAGCUGAGGAGUUGAGGGAGAAGAAAAAAUCUCUUGACAAAGCCAUCGAGCAGAGAGACCAGUUCAAGGAGUCUAACCGCGUCAAUUACCGCGCGGCUAAACAGCUCGAGGAGGAGCUGCUCGCGAGCCGAGGGGAGACUACAACCUUGGAGGGCCGGAUCGAGAAGCUUGAGCAAACCAAUGCCAGCAAUUUGGAAAGCUACCUUCCUGAGCGCGCAAGGCAGGUCGAGAUAGCCCGCUGCGUGGCUCGACUGGCGGAAGAGGAGAGGGCAAGGGUACCUACCUCGCCCGAAAUCUCCUUGGCAACUGGCAUGGAUGGGGCAGACAAUGAUGCUGCAGACGUUGUCGAUCAGAGCCCUCCUCAAGAUCCUCCGGCUCCUCAAGAUCCUCCGGCUCCUCAAGAUCCUUCAGCUCCUUAG